AUGUGGAAAGAAUGCUGUGCCAAGGGAGACUACUGUCAGGACUGGGUUCCGGAUUGCAGUGUUCGUACCUGUUGUGAGAAAAUAAUCUAUGACAAGCCCAAGACUUGUGAGAAGAGCAAUGUGAAGUGCACGGCUGGUUUCGAACUCACUGGAGACCAGGAGUGCUGUGGAAAACAGAAGAGCUGUGCACCUGGGGUGAAGACUUGCAAUCGCAAUACCUGUUGCGAAGAGAAGAAGUACGAUCAACCCAAGAAAUGUAAGGAGUCUGCUUUAUUCUGUCCUAAUGGUUUUGAGUUAAUUGGAGGUCAGGAGUGUUGUGGAAAACAGAAGAGCUGUGAACCUGGGGUGAACACUUGCAACCGCAAUACAUGCUGCGAAGAGAUAAUCUAUGACAAGCCCAAGAGGUGUGAGAAAAGCAAUGUGAAGUGUAAGGCCGGCUUCGAGUUAAUUGGAGGUCAGGAGUGUUGUGGAAAACAGAAGAGCUGUGAACCUGGGGUGAACACUUGCAACCGCAAUACAUGCUGCGAAGAGAUAAUCUAUGACAAGCCCAAGAGGUGUGAGAAAAGCAAUGUGAAGUGUAAGGCCGGCUUCGAGUUAAUUGGAGGUCAGGAGUGUUGUGGAAAACAGAAGAGCUGUGAACCUGGGGUGAACACUUGCAACCGCAAUACAUGCUGCGAAGAGAUAAUCUAUGACAAGCCCAAGAGGUGUGAGAAAAGCAAUGUGAAGUGUAAGGCCGGCUUCGAGUUAAUUGAAGAUCAGGAGUGCUGUGGAGAACAGAAGAGCUGUGCGCCUGGGGUGAAAACUUGCAACCGCAGUACCUGUUGUGAAGAAAAGAAGUACGAUCAGCCCAAAAAAUGUAAGGAGUCUUCUGUCUCAUGUCAGUAUGGAUUCGAGAUGAAUGGAAAGCAGGAAUGUUGUGGCAAAAAUAUGAACUGUGAAGACGGUGUCCCAAAGUGCAACAAAAGCAUUUGCUGUGACAAGAAGAAAUAUGAAGAACCCAAAAAGUGCAAAGAAACGAACAUCGAAUGCGAUUAUGGCUUCGAUUUAGUUGGCAAGGAGGAGUGUUGCGCUGUCAAUGGCUACUGCAAGCCUGGAGUGCCCAAGUGCAGUAAGUCCACCUGCUGUGAGAAGCGAAGGUAUGACCAGCCGACGAAGUGCAAGGAUGAUGGUGUUUACUGUGGUUACGGGUACGAUCUAAUAGGCCAUCAGAAGUGUUGUACAAAGGGAGACUACUGUGAGCCUGGUCUGUCAGACUGUGAUCGACACACUUGCUGUGAGAAAAAGAAAUAUGAUUUGCCUAAGAAGUGCAAAGACUCAUCUGUGAAAUGUGGACCUGAUUAUGAUACCACCAAUGAAAAGUGUUGCGAGAGAAAUGAUUAUUGCCACCACAGUGUGCCCGAAUGUAGCAAGAAAGUGUGCUGUGAGGAGAAGCCGUACUCACGACCUAUCAAGUGUGCACAUGCUGAUGUACACUGUGGGCACGGGAAGACCAACUAUCUUCAGAAGUGCUGCGCUGGCAAUCAUUGCGAACCAGGUGUGCCCAAAUGCGACCAGGCCGCCUGCUGUAAGUAUACCGGCCCAGUUGACCCGACAGGCAACUAUUACAAGUGUGGUGAUAUCUCAUCUCACAAGUGCAGUAAUGGAUAUAAGCAUGACACUGCAUGCUGCCGGUACUCCAACAAAUGUGGCGACUACGCUUCAAUCAAGUGUGGCACUUCGCGCUGCUGCAAAUAGACGUAAUGUGUUUCUCUCUAUAUGACAAUUUCAAUUUUGUCGCUGCCAAGAGUUGCAGUCUACAUCGAGUUAAUGAGACGAUCCAAAUCGAAAUAAAAC